GAGGAUCAGAUUCGUUUGGAGACGUAAGAGGGACAUAAAAGCAUAGGGGGUGCGGAGCAGUCAGUGCGCGGCGGGGUGCGCUUCCCGAUGCAGGUCAUGAUUUUGCUCCAGGUGAACGUGCAACGAAAUAUCCAGAAUCCAUUCGACAACAUCAACGAGACUCGUGAAUAUAUAUUUAAGAACGUUGCGUUAGCAGUGCAUGGGUGUUUUAAUAAUAUUAUAUCUUUAUUUUCGCUUUAAGUUUAUUCUUUUUUACGAACAACCAAAAAUAAUAUAUAUAUAUAUAUAUUUAUACAUGCAUGAAUGGCACGUUAUCCCGUCCUUUUUUUCUAUGUUAAAUAAAUUUAUUCUAUAUAUAUUUAUAUUUAAUGGCAAAAAUUGUGGGAUUAGGAUUCAGGGGAUGAAGAUGUAAAGAAAUUGUUCAGCAUGUAGUACAUACGUAUGUAUGUACGCGAUAAAUACACAUAUGGGAAAUAAAAGAAGAGAUAUUUUUUUGCUGUAAAAAUGAAGUCAACAUUUUACCUAUCUGUCGCAAUAUUAUGUUUUUUUUUUUUUUUAUCGAGAGAAAUGAUACAAAAUUUACUUUGGCAUUAGUGUUAUUUUUCACAGAUACGCGUAUUUUUGCGAUAUCUCUUUGCCGACGAUCUGGCCGAAUGCAUCUGUACUACCGAAGCCAAGUAAAUUAUUGCACUGGAAGAAGGAAAUUAAAUAUGACGUUGCUUCACGACUAUGCUUUCUGGCGAAAAACACAAUUUUUCUGUCAGCAAGAAAAACCGGUUAAUGGUGGCCCAACCAUCGAUUGCUCCGUUAUACGGUACCCGUACGUAGCAGCAUGGCUCCACAAUACAGGUAGCGAUAAUUUACAUUUUUUAAGACAAUUUUUUGUAUUUUUUUCUUCGAUAUAUGUAACAUAUAUUUGUAUAUUCUCGAACGAACAAUGUCUAUUAUAACGAUCGAUAAUUAUCUUUCGAUUUUAUCCAAAUUUUCAUAUAUAUGUUUUUCACAAGUCCGUUUACGUUCCAUUCGUAGAAGAACCUUCAAGGAUAUCUAAUUUUUGUUUGUCCCGAGUAUGCGUAGGAUAGAAACUAUAUAUAAAUAUAAAAAGUAACAUAUAUAAGUUAUAUGCUUCAAACUCUGCAACAGUUGAAAGUAAGCUUGUUGCGUCAGCCUGUUGAUUACAAGUACUUGAGUUCGCAUUUAUAUUUUCACGAAUUAUGAAGCUUUUUAUUCCACACGUUUAUCCCGAUAUUAAUGUUUAAAUAUACAGAACGUUUCGAAGUGGCAAAAUUAAAUGACAACUUUAAUAUCAUAAUGUUAUUGCGUUGAAGGCGCCUAAAUGUUGUUCAUUUUCAGUUAGAAUAGAGACGUGGCUUAGAUCAAGUCAUUGAAGAAUAGAGAAAACUGCAACAGGUUCUUGAAUGUUUCAAUCGUAACUAGCUCCUCGAUAAAACAUAUACUUUUUUGUAUUUUAGCUUUUAUUUCGAUGGGAUUAGAAUUUUUGCCGAUUGUAAUUUUUAUCUUCCUUUGGCUGCAAAGGAGUACGCUUCGAGCUGUUUAAAAUCAAUAGCAAGGUUAAAGGCCUCUGCACACCGAAAGUAUUACGAUUUAUUUGUUCUAUCAAUCUUUUGUCAUUGUCGCAUAUAAAGGGGUUGCAUUCAAUCUUAGAAAUCUUAGAAAUAUUCAAAGUAUCCUAUAUACAUAUGUCUCUUCCUCAAAUGUCUUCUUUUUCAUAUGUAUGAUCAUUUUUGAUGAAAUCGUAUUCGUUGUGUACGGACCUUUUCCUUUAAAAGAGGCUUACAUAUAGUGCAAUUGUUCUAUUUGUUGGAAAUAGAUAUAAACGAUCGGAUCGUUAAAUUUCUUUUAUUUAUUCUUAAACAUUAUUUUCGAUAGAUUAGAUCGAUUGAGGCACGCAAGAAACAUGGAGUGUAACAUUUUCUCAAUGGAAUAGCAACCACCGACCGGUUUAUAAUUAGAGGAAAAUUUUACUAGGUCACACUUCGAUCAAGCGGAUGUUCGAAUAAUAAUGCAUUUAUUAUUUUAAUGACAUAAGAUAGAAAUUGCAAAUGAUAGCACUCGAUUAAUUGUAUUAUUUCUUUCAUCGUCGAGGAUCGAUAGUCCCAUUUUCCCCUUCCUCUCUUUCUCUCUCUCUCUCACCCCCGAAUAUACUUCGACUUUAGUUACGUCGAUCUGCCAAUUCGAAUUAGAUUUAAUUUUAUUGAACAUAUUAUGACAUUUUAAUGGUAGAUCUUUCUAAUCAGAUUGAACGAUAUUUAAUGAUAAUUGAUUACUGAAUUGAGAAGAGAAUUAGAAUUUCGCGUGGUAGUUAAAUAAAAGACGGGGCUUUCUUCAUACUCCCUCUUAUCUCACUUACCCUUAGAGUGGAACAACGGAGGACGUAUAGAGUUCGAGUAUGAAAGGGAACAGUGUGAAAAGAGGGAGGUGGUAACGAGCCAGAGACCAACUCGAGCCCACUGACCACUUGUCCAAGAUAGCUGCCGAUCGAUCAGGCUAUCUCAUUAUUGUGAAAUCUGCUUACCGUUCGUGUUUAUAUACUCGUAUACAAACCAGUUACUCUUAAUUGAACAUCAAUGAUUUCCGGUUUAUCACAUUUUGCAAUACUUCUCUUGAAAAACUCGAGCAGAACUAUGUUGAAAUUCUAUACACACCCGCUAGAUCUGAUGCGAGCUCAAUGAAUGUGCUUCGCCGAGAGUUGUCGUGUUUUUAAUUGUAAAUUUUUAUUUCGAAUCAAAUAUGAAUGACAAUAAUAUAAAAAUAUAUAAUUUUAAAUAUAUAUAUGGUAGAUUCAAUGAUUGGAUUUUUUUUUGUUCUUCAGACAAAUGGCUACAGCACUAGGUCCCGUGUGCGGUUACUAUUUGCCUAUUGUUCAUUGAAUUUUCCAUCUUUCAAAUUAUACUUUUUUUAUGUUUAGUCUAUAAUAAUGACACAUUUAAUAAUUGUUAUUAUAUAUUGUAACAGUAAUUCCCUCAAUACGACAGCUUUCGUUUAUAACAAUUAUCAUCCAAUGAAAAUGAUUACAUCGAUCUGAUCGAGUUUGUUAAUUGUUUCCGAUGAAAUGAUUUGAAUUUAUUAACUAUGCGAUAUCUUGAAACCGAUAACACGAACAAUAUCGAGAAUGAAAAUGUUUAGGAAACAUCGUUGGAAGAUAUCUCGACAAGUAUACGUAUUAUUUUGAUUGGAAAAUAAUUGCAGGUUAUCAACCUUCAACAUUCACCGUAUACUCAUGGAAAAUAUCAUGAUAACACGUGAAUUCAGUGAUUGCGGAACGAGGAUUACCAUCUUCCAUGAUAUUUGUGUAUUAUCUACCGAUGAUGUGUUUCCGAAGAAUGGAUCCAUCCAGGAUUUGAUCUGUUCGAUCUUGUGGAUGAUGAAUUGUUGGGAAUUCGGUAAUCGUUCCAUAUAUGUUAAAAAAAAAAAAAAAAAAAAAAAAUAAAACAAUUGGUCUUUUUCUCAAAAGUACCAUAAUAACAUCCUCGAGAAUAAUCAACAUCGUUAAUCUCGUAUCAUUUUUCUCUCCUAUGCAUCAAUGAUUUAAUAUCAAUUGCUUUAAAGAUGAUCAAUACGAACAACUUGUCAUGAUUUUCAUUUGCAAAUGAAUAUUAAAACGAAUCCAUUCGCACAAAAUUAUUGUUCAUUUUGAAAAACAUUUCAUUUUUCUUUUGGUCUUUUUUCUUUUUCCAUAUUGCCGCAAAAGUCUCUUGAAAGUUAUUUACAAAAUAAUAAUCAAUUGCCUUUCGAAACUUCUCACGUAAUUUUUAAUUAGUUUCUUCUUCUUCUUCUUUCUUCUUCUUCGAUACCAACUUUAUUUUUGUCUCUUUUAAUUAUUAUUCUGUUGCUGUUUUAGAUGCAAAGAUAUUUAUGCUUUGAAGAUUAUAUAAUGUUAUCACGAGAAAAGAAAAAAACAACAACAAAAAACAAAAUGAAAAUAUAUCUCAUUUACCGUUGUUUUACCAAACAUCGACGAACAAAAUGUCAUCAUCCGUUAAUUAUCAUGAAACAAAAUUAUAGAAAUUUUACGAGUUACUUUCGUUGCUGAUGUCAAACGGAAUGGCCGCCACUGUGAAUUUUCAAUCGAUAUCGUUGAAUCAAACGAAUCUUAAAUACAUAUAUACAUACAAUAUUAAAGCUUUUGUGCACAGAACAACUGAAAGAUAAUAUCAUUUUGUAUUCAAAAUUGAAGAAUCAUAAAUUAUAACUUGGAAUAUUAUUUUUGUUAAUCUCUGUCUCUUUCGUAUUUUUUUACAGAACAAUUUGACGAUCGGUGAUGAAGAGGCUCUACCCGAAGAGGCUUCCACGUUGCUGUCGGUGCUUCUAGUCGGUUCGCCAAACUUCAUAUUUCAUUUUUCCAAAUUUAUUUUCACUAUUUGAGGAAUAUCCUAUAUAUUAUAAAUAUAAUACGUUGCGCAAUAAUUUAUCAACCAGCUAAAUAUCCCAAACCCCUUUUUUUUUCAUUUCCAUAUUCUCAUCAUUUGAAAUAAUCGUAAAUCUUGUAAAACGUUUUCAAUUAGAGGUAAUCUUUUUCCGAUAAGCAAUCCAGUCGUGGCCUACUUUAAAAGCUUUGUCAUAGCUGUCAGAACGAAGAAAGGAUUAUUUUUGUACGACAAUAGAGAAUCAUUUUAUUAUUCACCUAGAGACUAGGAAAUUUUGUCUAUGUAUGUUGAAAUAGAAAAUUCUAUUGCGCAUCGUAAGUAAGAACGAAAAGAAGAAAAAAAAAAAGAUAAAUUAUUAUUUAGAAAUUCAUUGAAUUUCAAUUGAUUUUACAGAUACGUAUCUAUAAUUAACAGGAGAAAAACAACAAAACGGAUUCCUGCUGCUGAUACUUGUAUUUUUAUCAGUCGCUGGCAAUGUCCUAGUUUGCGUAGCAAUUUACACUGAUCGAGGAUUGCGAAGAAUAGGAAACCUAUUUCUAGCAUCCCUCGCGAUUGCUGACCUCUUCGUCGGUUGUUUGGUGAUGACAUUUGCCGGUGUAAAUGAUCUUCUCGGAUACUGGGUCUUCGGCACGCAAUUCUGCGAUACUUGGAUCGCUUUCGACGUUAUGUGUAGCACUGCCUCUAUUUUGAAUUUAUGCGCUAUAUCUCUCGAUCGUUACAUUCACAUCAAGGAUCCGCUCAGAUACGGUCGCUGGGUAACCAGGAGAAUUGCAACUGCUGGGAUCGCUGUUGUGUGGCUAUUAGCAGGUCUCAUUUCUUUCGUGCCGAUCAGCCUGGGUCUUCAUAGAGCAGAUCAGUUCCUGGUUUAUAAUGAUGGGAAAGAGGAACAUCCAACAUGCGCCCUGGACCUUACCCCUACCUACGCAGUGGUAUCCUCUUGUAUCUCUUUUUACGUUCCUUGCAUGGUAAUGAUCGGAAUCUAUUGCAGACUCUAUUGCUACGCGCAGAAACACGUGAAAAGUAUUCGUGCUGUCACGAAAAUACCGGAAGUAUCUGUAAGAAAAAGCUUUCGUACAAAGAGUCGUUACAAGCCACCAAAACCUCAAAUGAAGUCAAAACCGACUAGUCCGUAUCACGUAUCCGAUCAUAAGGCAGCAAUUACCGUAGGCGUUAUCAUGGGCGUCUUUCUUAUAUGCUGGGUUCCAUUCUUCUGCGUUAACAUUGUUGCAGCCUACUGUAAAACCUGCAUAUCAGUGCAAGCAUUCCAAGUACUCACGUGGCUUGGCUAUAGCAACUCGGCCUUCAACCCGAUCAUCUACAGUAUCUUCAAUACAGAAUUCAGAGAAGCAUUUAAAAGGAUCCUAACGAAGGGUGUGCGUGCUCGAGGAAAUCAACCUUCCACUAGUGAAUGUGGUGAAUUUCGAUCUAUAGUGAUACAGAAACACAAUGGCUCUAUGAUCGAGUGUAACAUCAGUCCGAGAUCGAGCGCAGACAGUUCUCACGUUGGGGUUAUAGCUCAAGUGCAUCGAGACACUAUAGCCAGUGCAAUAUAAAACAAAACAAAAUAUUCAAUAUGGCUUGCGUGAAGACACUUUGCAAAGAAGUUUUACGUUCCUAUGGCCUCGUAAAUACAUGUAUAUCUAUUAUAACGAGUAUUCGGUUAUUUUCCAAAGGACCAUCGGUGUCGAGAGGAGGAAGCGUUUUUGUCAUUUAAGCUCAUUCGUGCAAUACGACAAUCGUCGGGAUUGUCUCAUUGCUAAUAUUUACGAUUACUGUAAUUCAGGUGCUUUUUUUUUUUUUUAAACGAACUCCGUCUACGUCGGGCCUUGGAAAGAAAAAUAUUUAAAAAAAAAAAAAAGAAAUAAUAAAACAAUCGAUAUAUAUAAACCUAUUCACAAAUAUAUACGCAUAUGCAUGUAAAUGCAAUUUCUCUUGGUCGGAGUAUGGAUCUUAAAUGAAGAAGAAAUUUUGUUCAAAAAAAAAAAAGGAUCUCAUGUGAAGUAUUAGUUGCUAAUCAUAGUUACUGUACGUAAUAUAUGCUUAUUCUUGGGACUGUAAUUAUAGCGCUAGUGCUUAACUAAUCCGAAAAUGUAUAAUUAGAUUUAGUAGAUAGAAAUUAAUAUGACCGAAGGAAGGAUAUCAUCAAGUUUAAAUUAUAUUAGAUUCUCUUAGAGAGAUUUGAAAAUAAAAUUCAGUGCGUAGAGACACACCGGACUAUGUACAAAACUGAAAAAUAAUGAAAAUAAAUAGUUAGUAUGUUUUGUUCUUCCAAAA